AUUGUACUAUUCAGGAUCGGAGCUCCCAUAGCGUGAGGUGUCUUCACAGUGGUUCAUAGUGUUGGGGUAUGAUGUUGAGUCGGUGUGGGUAUUUGUUGGUGGUAGUGAUGUGUGCGGUGGAUGCGGUCCCGAAGCAUGGGUUGUUGCAGCCUGUGUAUGUGGGGGUGGAGGGAGCCGGGAAAUAUUAUCAAGACCAUCCGAAGUACGCGUUCAACUACGGCGUGGCAGACCACAACACCGGAGACAUCAAGUCCCAGCACGAGACCAGGGAUGGAGACGUCGUCAAAGGCCAAUACUCGCUAGUCGAGCCAGACGGCUCCAUCCGAACAGUUGACUACACCGCCGACUCCAUCAAUGGAUUCAACGCAGUGGUCUCCAAGACUGGCCCGUCUCUGCACGCCUCCCCGCACCCUCACCCCGCGCCCCCGCCGCCCCCGGUCCAGCAUGUGAAGCCGGUGGUCCAGUACAUCACCAAGCCAAUACCAGUGCCAGUAGAAGUCCCGCAGCAAUUCUUUGGAAGACCAAUGUUUAUUGCGCAGCCGCAAGGGGCGCCGUUUUAUUUCGCCAAGGACGGGCCACAACUGUUUGAGUACGAUGGCUUUGAGUUCGACGGACCAUACGCUCAAAAUCCACAUGGACAGUUCUAUCAAUAAAUGACUAUAAUGGUCUCUGCACAUUAUAAUAGUAACGUAUACGGAUCGAUUUUCCAGGCGUUCGCGAGCUAGCGUUCUACUGAUUGAUAGAAGAAAAAGAGGCGAUCCGUUUACGUUACGCUUAUAUGUGCUGUGACCUUUAUCCGCGUACUCACCAGCCGUACCUAGGUUUCCUAGAACGCCAUCGAAUGCUUGGUCUGUAUGCGGUGCCCUCAGCAAUGACCAUACAGACCGCGCAUUGCUUGACU